AAAAAAACAUUAGAAAAGAAGCGCGGUUCAUCAAGUCUUGCCCACCACGUGCUAGAAAUGUAUUACGAUCUUAAUGUUCCUUGUGAAUCCCAACCAAACAGAAUCGCUAUUGAUCGCUUGAAGCUUAUCUUGUCUCGAUUCAGUCAGCUAGAUCAAACCGUCGUUGCCCUCAAUUGUUGUGUGUCUGAAAAAGAUCUCCCUAAUGUAAAACCCUUGAACGAAAUUCCGUUUGAUAUCGUCAAACACCCGGUUAAGCAACUGACGCGUAUUACCAUCGAAACCAGCAGUGCUGUCUCCAAUGAUACCUUGACCCAAUUAAGAUCCACAUUCGACCUUAUCGCCGUGCGGCCCUCCACGCUCAAUACAUUUGAAGAUGCAUGCUACAACCUCAACAUAGAUAUCAUCUCUCUCGACUGUUCUGUACGUUUACCUUUCAGGGUAGACGCGCACAGUGUACAGAAAGCCAUUCAGCGAGGCGUUUACUUUGAAAUUACUUAUUCAGCGGGCAUUCGAGAUACUACUGCAAGAGGCUACUUCCUGCAAGUUGCAAAUAUUUUGGUCUGUGCAACCAACGGAAAUAAUCUCAUUGUAUCAAGCGAAGCGGAAACUGUAGCUGACCUACGCGCUUCAUAUGAUGCGUUUUAUCUUAUGAAAUCGUUGAGUUUGCCGAACGAUAAGGCACAAUUUGUCACUGGAAAGCACUGCGAACAAUUACUACGAAAAAUCGGUCACUAAAACCUUAAACCACCCAUAGACUUAUCAUCCCUUUGCACCCUGAAAAAAGACCAUCAUUCCACCGAUUUGUCCU